GUCAUUUGCUCAUAAAGAAGAACUAGAAAUUAAGGGAAGAGUCUUCAUUAAUUUACACAUAUAUAGUUUAGAUAUGGCUAGAGAGCUUCGCCUAGCCAUUCUGGCCAUAGCCGUGGCUGCCCUCUUGCAGCUCACAGCAGCACAGAACACACACACAGUAGGAGAUGACUUAGGAUGGGUGGUUCCUCCCGGAGGUAACAUCACUUAUGAAAUUUGGGCCGCGUCUCAAAUAUUCCUCGCCGGCGACAUUCUUGUGUUCAAUUUCAGCGAUGGAGACCAAGACGUGGCAAAGGUGACAAAGGAGGCUUUCAAUACCUGCAAUUCCACAAACCCCAUAUCUCUUAAGACAAAAAGUCCAGCCAAUUUCACAUUGGAUACGAUUGGAGAGUACUACUUUAUUGGCACAAAGGAUGGACACUGCAAAUCUGGACAAAAGCUAGCCUUCAACGUGACUUCAGCUCCUGGCAAUACAACUUAUAUCGUUGGUGACGACUUGGGUUGGUAUAUCCCACCAGGUGGUGAAGUUUAUUAUAAGACUUGGGCUUAUGGAAAGAUUUUCACGGUUGGAGAUACUCUAGUUUUCAACUUCGUCAAUGGAUCAGACGAUGUCGCCGUCGUGACCAAGAGCGUCUACGAGAACUGUACCAAGAACGACACCAUUGCCGUUUACAAGGCCACUCCAGCGAAUAUCACCCUUAAGAGCACCGGAGAACAUUUCUUCACGUCGACAUACAACAAGCACUGCGAGUGGGGACAAAAACUAGCCAUUAACGUCACUGCCAACGGCACAGCCACUCCGCCUUCUAGCGGCUCUGCUAAACCCCCGCCGGGCUCUUCGUCAUCUAUUAACGGUCCCACCGCUGCUCCUCCUCCACAAAAUUCAGCCCCUUCGAGAUUCCCCGGCCGUGGCUAUUUCGUCACCUCAUUGCUCUUUGCCAUAGCUUUGUUCCAUUGAUCUAUGCAUAUGUACUAUCUUCCUGGUGUAUGUUAUGUUGAUUAUUCACUUUCAUGUUGUGCGUUUUGUAUUGAUAUUUGAUAUUCGACCUUAUUAUUAGUUAUCAUGUUUUAUGUACAGCGAAUAAAGAUUUGAGGUAUAUAAUAAUUGCUUUGAUUUUGUAGAAA